GGUUAAUACUGGAUGCGCAGCUCACAAGACAGACUCUACUAAUCAUCAUCUUUAUUUUUCAUCUUUAAUCAUAAAACCCUAUGGACAAGAUAGGCAAUUACUCAUAGCAUGAAUUUCAAGGAUUUGUGUUUUUCAAAAGACUUUCACUAGUGUCAGUGUGCCCGAGUGAUCUUUACCUCCCGUCUGACACUCUGGAUUUCAAAAGCCAGUGAAACUUGCUCAAUAAUGCUGGCUUGGAGAGGUGUGCUGCUGUUUAUAUUUUUGAUUCAGCUCUGGACAUUAACUCCAGGCUUUGCUGAUAAAGGCUGCAGUGGUUUUCGGCAUUUGGAAAAUGGACGGACGUUUUUCCGGUACGGAGGACUGUAUGUUACCUUCACUUGUAAUCCAGGGUUCAGGAUCCAUGGUCAUCGUACUAGCAGCUGUGUGUCUGGACAGUGGGCCAGAAACCCACCGCUGUGUGUGGCGCCAGGAUGUUCCAGCCCUGGUGAUCUCUUACAUGGCAGUACUGUUGUGUCUCAUGAUGGAUCUCUGGCCUUCUUCCGCUGUAAUGCCGGAUUCAAUUUGUUUGGUUCUGCGUUGCUCUACUGCAAAGGAAAAAUCUGGAAUGGCACCAAACCUAUCUGCAAGGUUGCUGAUAUCAUGAGUGUUCAUCUGAUGCAAGAGUCAUUACAUGAGGGCCCUGAAGCUCCUGUCAGCUUAAAACUUCACUUGCAUAGCCAUUUAAACACACCUGCAGUCACUGCUUCCAAAGACGCCUUUCUCAAAUCAGCAUUGCUUGGUGUUCCUCACAUCAAAGUUAGCUUUACAGGAGACAAGCAGGAAAGUAUAAAGAAAACACUGGAGAAAAAGCCUUCAAAGAAGCCAUGGUCUGACACAACCUUAACAGGCGAGAAAGUAAGGGUUGACAUUCUUAAGGAACCAAUUAGCAACCUUGAAAACGCUAUGGAUCCAAUCAGGAAUGUUAAUCUUUCGAAAUCUCCUCUGGUGGAAUCUCCCAACGUGACCACAAUCUCCUUCUCUUAUCUUGCCAGUACUUUUGAUAAAUCUUCAUCAUUAAACUCUGCAACCAUGCCAACUGGAUUCACUACUCCACUGAUGGACACUCAAGAGUUAACAACAACUCUUACUGAUGCACCAUACAAAGAAAAUGAGAAAGACCUUCGGUCCACUUUUGGAACAGACAAACCAUCUCAAAAACCGUCAGUCAUUUCAUCCGUUGAGACUUUACCAACUAAUUCUUACUGGACUGCAUCUGCACCAAACAUCAACACAUUGGGCACAAAUGUGUCCCCUACAGAUACAAUACAGUCUUCACAUGAAGCCACCACUGAAGGUUCUGUUACUCCAAGCUCUCUAGGCUUUAUGGUAUCUAAACAUGUUUCCUCCACACACUACCUCAUGUCUACUGCCCAAAGCACUGUUUCAUCCAGCUGCGGAGGACUCUGUGAUCAAAGACCUGAGCUUCGGGGGACGUCUUCACCACUAAGAUCCAGUGCACGUACAUCACCCAGCCCAGAGGUGUUGACCGUAACCACCCAGCUCGUGUCUAAGCUGCCCCUAAAGGUAGACACAACUGUGGAUUCUGUAAAUCAUACAGAAAUUUUCAAAAAAACUUUAUCAACAUUCCCUACUAAGCCUAAUCUAUUAAGUCAAUUUCUAAGAAACAUUACUUCAUUGACAAGCAUCGUUUAUCAGCAAGGAAAUAAGAAAAGCAAUCAUAGUGACCCUAAACAGCUGAUGCUUGAUUCUCCAUCAUGGAAAGAUUUUGAAAUUCCAAGAUUUCCAACCAGGAAGCUUCGGCCGGUGUGCCCGUACCCACCCUUGCCCUCUCAUGGAACAUUUUACUUUCGGUCAAUAAGGAAUCCUACAGCGUUUCAAUAUAAGCAUUAUAUCCAGUAUGCCUGUUACCCUGGAUAUACUUUGACCAAUGGUGACGUCUACAGCUACUGUCAGCGCAAUGGACAAUGGAGCGGCAAAACACCUCUUUGCUUAGCAUUGAGUCCUUGCUCCUUAAACAAUGGAGGAUGUUCUCAGAUCUGUCAGGAGGAUGGACAGAACCGAGCUCAGUGCCUUUGUAAACCAGGAUUUCUCUUGCUGGAGGACCAGCGCACCUGUAGAGAUUUGGACGAGUGUGUAGAGCAGCUGCACCUGUGCCAGCAGGUCUGUGAAAACACAUUGGGCUCCUACAGGUGUAGUUGUAAUCCAGGGUUCCAGCUCUCUACAGACCGAACAUCCUGUACUAACAUAAAUGAAUGUGAGGAGAUGCAGGAGGAAAAGUUGCAUAGGUGUGAAUGGAAGUGUGUGAAUCUGCCAGGUGCACACAGGUGUAUCUGUCCUAGGGGAUAUAGAUUACAUCUUAAUGGAUACCAGUGUGAAGAUAUUAAUGAGUGUGAACUGAACAACGGUGGUUGUUCGCACCACUGCAUCAACAACAGAGGCAGCUACAAAUGUACCUGCCCAGAAAUGCACCGAAUAUACCCGUACAACCAGAAACGCUGCCAGCCAGUACAAACACAGACCAGCUCUUUACAGUAAUAAGAGUUAAAGGCGGAGUGCACAAUGUUUGAAAAACGCUAUCGAAAAGGAGACGGCCGACUACCAAAACACACUUAUAGCCAAUCAGCAGUAAGGUGCGUGUCUACUUACCGACAUCCUUGCCGGGUUGCGUAUGUGUGGGGCGGGUCUUUUAAAAGAAGAUCCAGAUUCUAUUGGGGUAGGGGUGUGUUUGUUUAGGUGAUUUCAAAUAUCAACAUUGGCUUUCAAACAUUGUGCACUCCGCCUUAAAACAAGAUAAAUCAGUAUCUGUCCUUAAAGUAUUUAACUUAAGUUAUUAUAAAAAUAAUACAAUAAUAAAAUAUAUUGUAAUUAUUCACUUAGUUUUUAUUAAAGUGAUGUUGUUGUUUUUUAUUUAUGCACUGAUGACUGAGAAAAUCGGAGGGUUACGCAGGUACCCAGGUUCUGUGAAUGAAGGUCAACAUGCCACAGUAUGGGUCAUCCUCUUUGAGAGGGUGAGCUGUUAGGAGACAGAAUAGCAAAUUAAC